AUGAUCCAACUUGGCCCCAUUCAGCUCACAGACGACUCCGAAAGAAUUACCGAUGCCGAUGAAGAGAUUUUCCUCCUCUAUACGGCUUUGCAAGCGCAUCCGAUCCCUGAAGAAGCGCAUAGAGGACUGGGCUUCUUGGACUCGCACCAUGAUACGAUUGAGGUGGUGAUAGAGCUUGACGAGGAUCCUCCGAGGGCUUUGACUAGCACCGUGGGCUCGCCAUAUUCAUCAGGUCCUAGCACUCCAGCUGCAGAGGAACCUCCCACCAAGCCGUCGGGCCCGCAAUCUGUGCAGGUCGAGCUGUACCAGGAUAAGACGAGGCUGCACACAACGAAGGGGGAUACGGGGAGCGUGUUGUGGAGGGCGAGCAUAGACUUCGCCCGGAUAGUCCUGCGGCAGUAUCACCAUCGAAAUUCAGACUCCUUCUUCGAGAGGGACUCUUUGUCUAAUUUAUGUGUUCUGGAGCUUGGCGCCGGCACCGGCCUCCUCCCAGUCCUUCUAGCGCCUCUCGUCAAGCACUACACAGCGACCGAUAUCGCUGGCCUCACGCACCUCAUAUCGAAGAAUGUCCACCUCAACUCUGCCGACCACGACUUGGGCAACGUCGCAGUGGAAGCGCUGGAUUGGGAGCAGCUGCAUGCGACGCCGCUGCCAAGGAGGAGGAAGGCGUUUCCCGACGACGCACCGGACCUCAUCCUCGCCGUCGACUGCAUUUACCACCCAUCACUCGUCGGCCCGCUCGUCUCCACGAUUAAUCACUUCGCAAAGCCGGACAAGUCGACCGUGGUCGUGGUCAGCGAGCUGAGAGCGGAGGACGUGCUGCGUGGGUUCCUCGAGGCGUGGCUGGAUGGCGCGCGAUGGGAAGUCUGGCAUGCAGGCGAUGGUACGGAUGGACCGGGCCUACUAGGCGUGCCCUACGUGACGUGGGUAGGACGGAAGAUAUCCGCACCGAAGGUGUAG